UUUUAAAUCAAAAAACAAGACUAUUUGAAGACAUAUUAACUUAUAAUUGAAGAUCACUGAAGAAGACAAUGAGCACAACAACAGCGAAGAAAGACUCGUUUGAUGAUCGCUUCGGCGAUGAUUUGUGUCAACUAUUGCUUCAAUAUCUGCCGAUUGAAGACAAACUAAGACUGGAAUCGGUGUCCAAACAGUGGUUGGCAUUGAUAUUCAAUACACAAACUGAUGUCAUAUUUGAUGAAAAACUAUUACAUAAUAUGUCUUUGGACUCAAUGGGUGACAAUUGUCAGACGACAAUUAAGUUGUUUGAUCUGAUUAUAUCAAAAUGUCCGAACAUUACCGCAGUUAACAUAAGUUUUGGUUCAACACUUCCCGGUGCUGUCCAUAUGAUGAACAGUUUCAUCAAUUUAUUGAUCAAAUACUGUCACCGAUUGCGACACAUCUCUAUUAAACUUGAUUACGACGGCCUCUGGUCGGACUUCAACCGUAUGUUUAAACGUUUAUUCAGACAAUUUGGCCAACAAUUGUUGACAUUCAAGUUUGUCGGCAAUAAUCUUGGAUUUAAUAAACAAUUGUUUUACGAAGUGGUCAACGGUAUGCCAAACCUGAAGACAUUGGACAUCCUAUACGAAAACAGCGAUCAAAGUUCUGUCCAAUUGAAUGAUAUUUUCAGAAAGAAUAAUAAGUUUUAUUUGUUACCGAAAUCGUUGCAAUCAUUGAACAUAAAACUUGCCGACACAUCGUUGCCGUUGUUCGCUAAUUUUGCCGAUAUUUUUGGCCACCAAUUGAUAUCAUUGACCAUACGAUUUGACCACUUAGUUAUUGACGACGACGUAGAUGUAUGGGCUAAUGAUCUAAAGCCAUUAUCGGCCGGUUUUCGGCAAAUGCCGCGAUUAAGACAACUCAAGUUUGAAUUGCCGAUCGAUUUUGGGACCGACUUUAGUGGGGAUUUAUUUUCAACAAUUGGCCGCAACUGUCGACAACUUCGAUCACUGGAUUAUAAAUCAAAUUUAGGAAAUAUAUUGAAAAUUAAGGCCAUAUUUGUCGCUAUUAACAAACAUAUGUCUAAACAAUUGAGAAGAUUAUCGCUGGAAUGGAUGUGCGAUAAUAUUGACGACGACAAUGAAGACGUAGAAGAAUUAUCACUGACCAGCGGUUCCCUAAACCGAUUGCACGGUUUAACACAUUUGACACUCCGGUUACACGACUGGGAUAUAAUUGGCGAACAAUUUUUUCAGGACAUUCAUCUGAAUCUUCCGCGACUACAGUCCAUACACUGCGACAAUGCGCCCGUCACUGAUGAGUCGAUCGCCGCUAUGGGACAGUUAGCACACCUAAUGGAUGUCUAUCUUCCGACCUAUGGAUACAUUGAGAAGACAAGUGAAGCCAAUAUUAGACAGCAUUUACUAAUCGACACUAAAAUUAAACACUUGUUUGUUGUAUACAAGGAUUCAAUAGAUGGUAGACAACAGGUGUUUAAAUGCGGUAAAUAUGUUGAUAAUGAUAACUAA